AAUUAGAAAUAAUGAGAUUGAAUGAGUGACAGUUAUAACGAGAUCCAAAAAGUGGUAGAAGUGAAGCAGAAGAAGAGGAAUGGCCGGAAGUGUAGUGGAAAUUGCCAUAGCCAUUGCCAAACUAACCCUUUCCUCAAUCCCGACAAACCCCUUCUCUCAAAUCACAAAUACUAUUUUAUAAUCACACAGAUUCAGAUUCGGAAAUAAAUAACGAAUUACAAAAGCAAAGUCAGCUCUAUUCAGAUUCAGAUGGUAUGAUUUCAAGAACCAUUCAACACUUCUCGUCCUUCAAUACUAGGACAUCUCAUAGAGCUUGUCUGAAAUUUUUCUUGGAGAUAUAUUGGAUUCGUGUACAGUUAUCAGUUCGGGUCACAAUCUGCUGAACAUGAUAUAGAAUUUUGAAUCUUUGAGGAGAUGGAAAAGACAGGAAAUGAUACCGGGCCAGCAGAGGCUCUGCCUCCCGAUUCUCCUUGGUGGCCAGCAGAUAUUUCCGACAAACUGCAGUUGAUCACUCUGGUUUCUUCCGAAGAUAAAGCAAACUCUACUGUAUUGAGCAGCAAACAGGAGCGAGAGGGCUUAGCAUCAAAGAGAGCGUCUCAGAUUCUGUGGGACACAGGGGAACUUGCAGAGCCUAUUCCUGAUGGUUUCUACUUUGUUAUUCCAGAAAGAAGAUUCAAGGAGCUAUUCGAUACUAUUCCAUCUUUGGAUGACCUUUAUGCUUUGGAGACAGAGGGUCUUCGACCUAAUGUUAUUCUUGUCAAUAUGCAUAAAGAUAAGAAACUUUCCAUGUUAAAACAGCUCACUCUCACUUUAGUGAAAGGAUUGAGUUCGACUCCAGCUGUAGUUGUGAAGAAGAUUGCAGGGUUGGUUUGUGAUUUCUAUAAGCAUCCUAAGUACAAGUCCACUCAUGUGAGUGGUACACUUGAGGAAGUCUCACAUGCUUUGGGUAGUCAAGGAAUCCACAUGCUGUGCCAAAUAAAGGAUGGUUCCUGCCAUUCUCGAGCAAUCUUAUUCAAAGUUCUUGCUGAUACUGUGGGCCUUGAGUGCAAGCUGAUUGUGGGUUUCCCAAGAGGAGGAGCGCUGGAGUGCGCAGAUUCAUCUAAGCACAUCUGUGUCACAGUCAUUCUGGAUUCUAUAGAACUACUGGUUGACCUUAUGCAUUAUCCCGGCAAGCUGUUUCCUUGUUCAACGAAGCAGCUACAUCGCUCACAUUUCUUUGGUGAGAGUGAUUCUGUAGAAACUGAUUCAUGUAACUCACCGAUGGAUCCCAUUAGUCCUACCUGUUUCAGUUCCGACUACAGUGGCACUGGAAGCGUAUCACACAGUCAGCCCGAUGUCAAAAGUUCACUUUGGCAUGGAAGGAACAAAGUUGUAUCUGAACAGAGGGCCUCAAGUUCAAGUCCAGAGCAUCCUUUCUUCAGGGGACCUGGGAGGUCUAUUCUUGGUGGUCGUGCACAGUCUUUCAAGGACUGCAACUAUGACGUUACUUCUUCAAGGUCUGCUGGUGCAUCACCUAUACACACUCGUAGAAGAAGACGGAGGUCCAUUAGCAUGAUUCCGGAGAUUGGUGAUGACAUUGUAAGGGUUGUUCGGGAAAUGAAUGCAACUAUGAAGAAAAAUCAUCUCUCAGCAGAACAAGCAACAUUUGAUUUGUCUACAAGGAAAGGGGAAGAUAAUUCUGGUCAUCAAGUACAAAAUUUCCGUUCAGAUGACCUAAAUACAGGAAAUAGUGAAAAAGGUCAGGCACAGCAUUUUCACAGGAAGUGCUUGCCAUCUGACAAAGCAAUAUCCCUGCCUUCAUCACCACGCUGGAGCUAUGGCAGAGGCAAGGCAGCAGGAAUUUUUGGCAGUCCUGAUAUGAUGUCAAGAUUGGACAAAGUGAUAGAAUCAUCAAGGAUCCUCAACAAACCAUUGUUACCAUUUGAUGAAUGGAACAUUGAUUUCUCUGAAAUAACCAUUGGAGCACGUGUUGGAAUUGGUUUUUUUGGAGAAGUCUUUCGCGGUAUUUGGAAUGGAACAGAGGUUGCAGUUAAAGUUUUCCUAGAACAAGAAUUGACUGAAGAGAACAUUGAAGAUUUUGCCAAUGAAAUAUCCAUCCUGAGCCGCAUUCGCCACCCAAAUGUUAUCUUGUUCCUCGGUGCUUGCACAACUCCACCUCGUUUGUCCGUGGUUACUGAAUUCAUGGAGAUGGGAUCCCUAUAUCAUUUGAUUCAUGUAAGUGGACAGAAGAAUAACCUCAGCUGGCAAAGGAGAUUGAAAAUGAUUUGUGAUAUAUGCAGGGGGCUGAUGUGUAUACAUAGGAUGAAAAUUGUGCAUCGUGAUCUGAAGAGUGGAAACUGCCUCGUAAAUAAACACUCCAAAGUCAAGAUCUGUGAUUUUGGGCUGUCCCGAUCAUUGACUCCAUCGCCUGUGCAAGAUUCUUCCUCAGCAGGUACACCAGAAUGGAUGGCCCCAGAGCUUAUCCGUAACGAACCUUUCACUGAAAAAUGUGAUAUUUUUAGUCUUGGGGUCAUUAUAUGGGAACUGUACACACUCAAAAGACCAUGGGAAGGUGUUCCACCUAUCCAGGUUGUAUAUGCUGUUGCUAAUGAUGGAAAACGGCUAGAAAUUUCUGAAGGUCCUCUAGGAAAGCUAAUUGCAGAUUGCUGGGCAGAACCAGAUGAACGGCCUAGUUGUGAGGAAAUUUUGUCACGGCUAGGAGAAUGUAGUAGGUCUUCUGCUAAUUGAUUAGAGCGAGGAUUAAUUCUUCUAUGAAAAUUGUAUAUAUUCCAGUCUUUAAACAUCAAUUUCCUUAAAUUUUGAAGUCUAUAAAAAAUAAUGUUACUUCUAAA